GAUCGUCCGGGGAGAUCAACGUCACAAACGACGGCGCAACCAUCCUCAAGUCCAUCCAGCUCGACAAUGCCGCCGCCAAGAUUCUCGUCAACAUCUCCAAGGUCCAGGAUGACGAAGUCGGCGAUGGCACCACAAGUGUCUGCGUGCUCGCUGCCGAGCUCCUGCGAGAGGCUGAGAAGCUCAUCGCUCAGAAGAUUCACCCUCAGACAAUCAUCGAAGGUUUCCGCAUAGCUAGCGGCGCAUCUCUUCGUGCUCUCGAGAAGUCUGCAAAGGAUCACAGCACCGAUCCCGUUCGCUUCCGGCAAGAUCUGGUCAACAUCGCAUGUACUACCCUCUCGUCAAAAGUCCUCUCGCAGGACAAGGACUAUUUUGCAAAUCUCGCCGUCGAUGCCGUUCUCCGGCUUAAGGGCUCAACGAAUCUUGAGCACAUCCAAAUAAUCAAAAAGGCCGGAGGGAAGUUAACGGACUCAUACCUGGAUGAAGGUUUCAUUCUGGACAAGACCAUCGGCGCAAAUUGCCCCAAGCGGUUGGAGAACGCGAAGAUUCUCAUCGCGAACACCUCCAUGGACACCGACAAGAUCAAGGUGUUCGGCGCGAAGAUCAAGGUGGAUAGUACCGGCAAGCUUGCGGAACUGGAACGCGCAGAGAAGGAGAAGAUGAAGGCCAAGGUCGACGCCAUCGCAGCCCACGGGAUCAACUGUUUCGUCAACAGGCAGCUGGUUUAUAACUACCCCGAGUCUCUUCUCGCGGACAAAGGCGUGGUUACCAUCGAACAUGCGGACUUCGAAGGUGUCGAGCGGCUAGCACUGGUCACUGGUGGUGAGAUCGCCAGUACCUUCGAGCAUCCGGAACUCGUCAAGCUUGGUCGAUGCGAACUCAUCGAGGAAAUCAUGAUCGGGGAGGACAAGUUGAUCAAAUUCUCUGGCGUCGCGGCGGGCGAGGCCUGCACAGUGGUUCUUCGCGGCUCGACGAACCAGAUGAUCGACGAAGCCGACCGUUCAUUGCACGACGCCCUCUCUGUCCUCUCUCAGACCGUGAAGGAGACGCGCAUCGUACUUGGCGGUGGUUGCUCGGAGAUGCUGAUGAGUUGCGCAGUCGAGGAGGAAGCACGGCAUGUUCAAGGGAAGAAGGCCAUCGCAGCAGAGGCGUUCGGUCGUGCGUUGAGGAUGAUCCCCACGAUCCUCGCGGACAACGCGGGCUAUGACUCCUCCGACCUCGUUGCGAAGCUGAGGGCAGCACACUACGAGGGCCAGUCAGAUGCGGGACUCGAUAUGAAUGAGGGGAAGAUUGGCUCGAUGGUUAGUCUAGGUGUCACCGAGAGCUACAAGCUCAAGCGGCAGGUAGUGAUAAGUGCUAGUGAAGCCGCUGAAAUGAUUUUGCGUGUUGACGACAUCCUGCGGGCGACACCUCGUAGAAGGGAAGCUGUAUAG